AUGAUUCGGGACAUUCGUAAUCAUAUUCAAUCGUGUGUUCCGUGUUGUCAAAAUAAUCAUCAGCGCCGCAAAGCACCGGGAUCGUUGAAACCGAUAAAACCACCGGAAGGUUUCUGGCAACUCCUAUCAAUGGAUUUUCAUGGACCGAUUAUACCUACAAGUCAACGGGGAGACAAAUAUAUCAUCUCGGCCACCGAUAUUCUCUCAAAAUAUGUCGUUGCCACGGCUGUUCGAGACUAUACCCCGGAAACAGCCGCUAGUUUCCUUAAUGAAGAGCUGAUAUUAAAAUAUGGUACACCUCAGGCGAUUCUAAUCGACAACGGUACUCAUUUCGACCAACCAUGGACGCCAAGAUCGCAUCGCUCUCCAACGAUCGUCGAACCAACUGGGAUGAACAGCUGCCCUUUGUUACGUUCAACUGCAAUACGAGUAUUCAUUCAACAACAGGAAUCAUCUCAUUUGAAUUAA